AAAGCUGAAAGGCUGUGGAUCUUGCGCUGUACUCAGCCAAAUCCUUGCAAUCGUAUUCCACAACAAUGCAAAAGAUCUACCAGACACGUACAGCUACUCCGUAGCUCCCAUGUGGGAGCUGAAAUGCCGAAAGGCUGGCGAUACAGAAUCAAAACUUACUGCUCAAUUGUUCCGGCAUCCAAACGUCGACGUACACUUCGAGCAGAUGCUGAGCUCGAAUUCGCUCCUUGGCCGCACAAGAUCCGUUGCUCGGCUGAAGUAAUGGGUGGCCGAAUGUUUGAGCAAUCACAAACUUUGCGCGACGCGCAGCAUUACAUGGACUGACGACAUGCGUCCCACUCGACUUCUUGAUGUCACAGUCACCGAGGAAGAUGGUCAGCCUGGCCUUCACCUGUUCGAAACGACACCAGGCCGAUCCUACGAAUAUGUUUGCCUCAGUCAUCGCUGGGACGAUGAGGUCGACAGCCACAAGACUACAACGCAAAACCUGGUCGAAGUCAUGAAAAGUAUCAACUUAGCCAAUCUACCCGGUAAUUUCCGUGAUGCUGUUGCCAUCACACGCGAAUUGGGCAUCCAAUACCUGUGGAUCGACUCCUUGUGCAUCGUUCAAGAAGGAGACAACGGUCAAGACUUGGGAAGAGAGAUCGCGAAGAUAGGAUUUAUGUAUCAGAAUGCACAGCUCACAAUUGCAGCAGUGUCAUCCCCCAAUUCCAGUCUAGGCUACUUCAUGAACGAUCGCUGGCCUAACAUAUGUCUACAAAUGUCGCAGUACAGUAAGAGGUCAUGUUACAGCACUGUAUGAGGUUGUGUAAAAGGACCAACUGGACCAGACUCCUUCA